AUGGGACUUCGCUAUUACAAUAAAAGGUUUAUUGCAAUAGAUCUAGAUUUUGUACCAUUUGUCUCUGAAGUUAUAGCAAAUGAUCUUUCUCAUAAAGCUUUUAAUCUCAUACGAAAGAAUAUUGAAGCGAAUGGUGUAAGCGAUAUUGUAAAAUAUAGUUCUGCUGAUGCUGUUGUAUUCAUGAUGGAACAUCGCUAUUAUGAUAAAAGGUUUACUGCAAUAGAUUUAGAUCCGUAUGGUUCAGCUUCAAGCUUUCUUGAUUCUGCUGUGCAAGCUCUUUGUGAUAAUGGAUUGCUGAUGGUGACGUGCACAGAUAUGGCUGUUUUAUGUGGUAAUACUCCAGAAGCUUGUUAUGCAAAAUAUAACUCGAUUGGGCUUCGUCAUAAAUGUUGUCAUGAGUUUGCAAUUAGAGUACUUCUAAAAACGAUUGAUUCAUGUGCAAAUUUGCACGGGAAAUAUAUUGAACCGUUACUCUCAGUUAGUGUGGAUUUUUAUGUGCGAAUUUUUGCGCGAAUUCGAAUUGGAGCCAAGGUCGCCAAGGACAGUGCAACGAAAGUGGCUUAUGUACUUGCUUGCACUGGUUGCCAUUCUUUAGAUAUACAACCGAUUGUUCGGAAGAUGAUUAAUAAUGGCUCUAUAAAAUAUAAUCCAUCAGUAUUUCACUCUAAUUUAUUAGCUGAUCAAAACAAGUGCCUACAUUGCAGUCAUCCAGUGCAUAUAGCAGGUCCAAUUUAUUCAGCUCCAAUGCAUGACACUGAUUUUGUUCAAAAUCUUAUCAAGAGGUUGGAGCAAACACCAGUUGAUCAAAGAUUUCAGACACAUAAUCGCCUUUUUGGUAUUUUGAACGUAAUAUCGGAGGAAUUGAUUGAUGUUCCACUGUAUUAUGAACAUGAUCAGCUUAUGCAUAUUGUAAAAACAGCUGUGCCACGACUAUUAGAUAUACGAUCUGCAAUUAUUAACGCCGGAUAUCGAUGUUCCAUUUCGCAUUGUAAUCCUCGUGCAUUGAAAACUGAUGCUCCUACUACUUUACUAUGGGAUGUAGCGCGAGCCCUUGCAAAAAAGAAUAAUGUAACGCUUGAUCGUUUCGAUGAAAAUAGUCCAGGACGCAAAAUCCUGGAAUCUUCUAUAAAGUUACGUAAAAUUGUUACGCACACAAUCGAUUUUAAAGUCCAUCCAAAUGCUUUAGCUAAAAGCAAAAUUGAUGGUCUUCUACGAUUUCAAGAUAAUAAAGGAAAAAAUUGGGGACCAAAGCAAAAAGCUAAAAGUAAGCAAAACAAUGUACAAAGUGAUUAA